CUUGCAAGAACCAUCAUUUUAGUUGAAUAGGCUAAAAGUUUCAGAAAUACAAAGAAUUUAGUUUCUUCUUUCUCAUAGCUUCAAGCAAAGAACAAUGAGUAAAAUAAAAUAUCCAAGACUUGCUCAUUUCCUUGUUACUUGGUCUUUACUGCUCCUAAAGACAGCUUUGGGAUCAACUUCAAUAGAAGUUAACAAGACCCUCUGUAUGGAAAAUGAGAGAGAUGCCCUUCUUGAGUUCAAAAGAGGCCUUAAGGACGAUUUUGGUCGUUUAUCUACGUGGGGAGAUGAAGAAGAUAAAAAAGAAUGCUGCAAAUGGAAGGGUAUUGAAUGUGACAGAAGAACUGGUCAUGUAACUGUUCUUGAUCUUCACAAUGAAGUUUCGUGUCCAGGCCGUGCUUGUUUUGCUCCAAUAUUGAGAGGUAGACUCAGUCCUUCUCUACUUGAGUUGCAGCAUCUGAAUUACUUGGACCUCAGUGUAAAUGGAUUUGAGAAGAGUGAGAUACCGAGAUUCAUAGGCUCUUUUAAGCGACUACAGUACCUGAACCUCUCAUCUUGUUAUUUUUCUGGUGAAAUUCCAGCACAGUUCCGUAAUCUAACUUCUUUGAGGAUUCUUGAUCUUGGAGACAAUCAUCUUACAGUGAAGGAACUUGUGUGGAUUUCUCAUCUCUCCUCUCUAGAGUUCUUGAGUCUAGCUGGUAAUGACUUCCAAGCAAGCAAUUGGUUUCUAGAGAUAACUAAGGUCCCUUCAUUGAAAGAACUUGACUUGAGUGUUUGUGGGCUCUCUAAAUUUGUUCCACUUCCAGCUGCCUUAGCCAAUUCUUCGUUGAUCUCCCUUUCUAUACUUCGUUUAUGCUGUAAUGGUUUUUCUUCUUUAGCUGAAUAUAGCUGGUUAUUCAAUUUUAGCACAAGCCUGACUAGCAUCGAUCUCUCUACUAAUCAGCUGGUCGGUCAAAUUGAUCAUCGCUUUGGGAGCUUGAUAUACCUUGAGCAUCUUAAUCUUGCUGAUCAGUUUAACCUUAAAGGUGGGGUUCCCAGUUCUUUUGGGAAUUUGACACGUUUACGUUAUCUGGACAUGUCUAACACUCGGACAUACCAAAGGCUUCCUGAGUUGUUUCACAGGUUAUCAGGCAGUAUGAAAUCACUUGAAAUUUUGGGGUUGAACGACAACUCAAUGCUUGGUUCAUUGGUUAAUGUCACAAGAUUUUCAGCCUUGAAGAAAUUAUACCUGCAGGAAAAUGCACUGAAUGGCUUUUUCAUGGAAAGGUCUGGACAAGUUUCGAGCCUUGAGUAUCUAGAUUUGUCUGAUAACCAAAUGAGAGGGCCAUUACCAGAUUUAGCAUUGUUUCCAUCAUUGAGAGAGUUGCAUCUUGGCUCUAAUCAAUUUCGAGGGAGGAUACCACAAGGUGUUGAAAAACUUUCACUGCUUAGAUUUUUGGAUGUCUCGUCUAAUAGAUUAGAAGGACUACCCGAAAGUAUGGGGCAACUAUCAAACCUGGAAAGUUUUGAUGCCUCUUAUAAUGUCCUGAAGGGUACAAUCACAGAGUCCCACUUUUCCAAUCUUUCCAGUUUAGCAGAGUUGGACCUAUCCUUCAACUUGUUGUCUUUGAAGACAAGCUUCGAUUGGGUUCCUCCUUUUCAAUUACAAAUUAUAAGGCUUGCAUCUUGCAAUUUGGGACCUUCUUUUCCCAAAUGGCUUCAAACUCAGAAUAACUACACACUUCUUGAUAUUUCUCUUGCGAGUAUAUCAGACAUGCUACCAAGUUGGUUCUCUGAUCUUUCUCCCAAUCUAAAGAUUCUGAAUCUCUCUAACAACCAUAUCAGUGGCAGAGUUUCUGAGUUCAUAGUGAAUAAACAAGACUACAUGAUUAUAGAUUUAAGCUUGAACAACUUUUCAGGACCUUUGCCUCUAGUUCCUACCAAUAUACAAAUAUUUUAUCUACGCAAAAAUCAGUUCUCUGGAUCCAUUUCUUCCAUUUGUGAAAAUACAACAGCAGGUGCCACUUCCCUUGACUUGUCUCGCAACCAAUUUUCAGGAGAACUUCCUGAUUGUUGGAUGAAUAUGAGUAAUCUAGCUGUUCUUAAUCUAGCCUAUAAUAAUUUCUCUGGAAAUGUUCCACCUUCGUUAGGCUCCUUGACAAGUUUGGAGGCUUUAUACAUUCGGCAGAACAGUUUUAGUGGGAUGUUGCCUUCUUUUUCACAAUGUCAGUUGUUACAGAUCUUGGAUCUUGGAAGGAAUAAGUUCACAGGAAGAAUCCCAACAUGGAUAGGGACCGAUCUACUCAAUUUGCGCAUUCUAAGCCUACGGUUCAACAAAUUCAAUGGAAGCAUACCAUUGAUUAUCUGUCAGCUUCAGUUUCUUCAGAUUAUGGACCUUUCGACAAAUGGAUUAUCUGGGAAAAUUCCAGAGUGCCUCAGCAAUUUUACCCUGUUGCGUCAAGAAAAUGGCACUGGUGAGUCGAUGGAUUUUCUAGUCCGUUAUGACUAUAUUCCAGGCUCAUACUUGUACAUAGGCGAUUUAUUGAUUCAAUGGAAAAACCAGGAGUCUGAGUACAAGAAUCCUUUAUUAUAUAUGAAGACUAUUGAUCUUUCAAGUAAUAAAUUGGUUGGAGGUAUCCCUAAAAAGAUAGCUGACAUGAGGGGAUUGAGAUCUUUGAACCUCUCGAGAAAUGAUCUGGAUGGAAGUGUCAUCGAAGGAAUAGGUCAAAUGAAGAUGUUGGAGUCUCUUGACUUGUCAAGAAACCAGCUUUCUGGUAUGAUCCCCAAGGGCCUUGCUAAUCUGACUUUUCUUAGUGUGUUAGACUUAUCAAGCAACCACUUAUCAGGGAGAAUUCCAUCAAGCACUCAAUUGCAGAGUUUUGACAGAUCAUCCUACAAUGGCAAUGCUCAACUCUGCGGUCCUCCUCUUCAAGAAUGUCCCGGAUAUGCUCCUCCUAGUCCCCCUAUCGAUCGUGACAGCAAAACCGAUCCUCAGGAACAUGAUGACGAUGAGGAUUUUCCAUCUCUGGAGUUUUAUAUAUCAAUGGUGCUAGGUUUCUUUGUCGCAUUUUGGGGAUUCUUGGCCUCUUUAAUUGUCAACCGUUCUUGGAGGAAUGCCUACUUCACAUUCUUAACGGACAUGAACAGUUGGCUCCAUAUUACAUUAAGAGUCUGCUUUGCAAAACUGAAGGGAAAGCUAAGGAGUAGUUAA